CAACUUCUUUCACUUUCAGAGGUUAGGACCGAAAUCGGAAGUUAAGAAGAGUGUGUAUAAAGGCUUUGAUCGGAACGCAAUUUCACGGUUUCUACAGCCAUUUGAAUGGCCUGUGGAUUACAAUGGAAAAAGCACAUUUCAACUUUGUUCUUCUUUUACUUUUGGUGAUUCCAUGUGUUCUACUGAUUUCAAAAUUUUAUGUAGAUACAUUUACCUUUAAACAACCAUCUGCACAGAGUAGUUUCAUAGCAAACAGAUUUUCACUGAAUUCCAUAACCGCCAUUAAACAUUCAAAACAUUUAAUGGUAUCUGCAUUCAUUGAUCACAGGAUCAAUAAGGCCAUUCGAGUUAUCAGCAUAAUCAAAAGGGAUAGUCUGCAGCCUCUUUACUGCAUCUACUGUAAUGAUGACCAUACCUGCAGGACUGCUGAGGCUGAAGUCCAGAUACACAGUGACCAUUUCGGCUUUCCAUAUGCAGCUUCAGAUGUUCUGUGUCAUGGUGCACACACUCAAGAUGCAGCAUUUGUAUCCAUUUCAACUAGUAGAAACAUCUCUGCCAUUUAUUCUGAAGAUCUCUUACCAAUAAAGAACACAGUGAUCAGGGAAUCAUUUAAGUUCAACUUCAGUGUAUGUAUCUCAAACCUCUUUGGAAGCUAUAAUAAUGUUCUGCAAUUUGUCCAAACCAUGGAAAUGUACAAGCUUUUGGGUGUACAACAUGUAGUGAUCUACAACACCAGCUGUGGUCCUGACCUGGAGAAACUCUUACAGCAUUACAAGAAAGAAGGAAUACUAGAGAUUGUUCCAUGGCCUAUCGACCAUUUCCUUAACCCAUCUAAAGGAUGGAACUUUGUAGAGCAUGGUGGAGACCUCCACUAUUAUGGUCAGUUGGUAACCCUCAAUGAGUGUAUUUAUAGAAACAUGUAUCAGUCCAAGUAUGUUCUUCUGAAUGACAUUGAUGAAAUCAUUAUGCCUUAUAAGCAUGCUAACCUUCCAUUACUGAUGGAGGAUCUUCAACAGGAGCACAGAGAUGUGGGGGUAUUUCCUAUUGAGAACCACAUUUUCCCCAAGACACAAUUUGAGGAAACUGGUAGAUUCAAUCGAUCGAAAUGGAGAGGUAUACCUGGCAUCAAUAUUAUGGUACACAUAUAUAGAGAACCAGACAGAAAAAAUGUUUUCAACCCCAGAAAAAUGAUCAUCAACCCAAGGAGUGUAACACAAACAUCAGUGCAUUCCACUCUGCAACAAUAUGGGAAUGUUUAUUAUGUACCUUUUGAUGUAAGUCAUAUUGUUCAUGUGAGAAUACCACUACAGGGACAUCUUACCAAAGAGCAACUGCAUAAUGAUAAAAGAGUGUGGGACUUUGAGCAUAAACUAGUUCCAAAUGUUGAUAAGGCACUGCAGUCAUCAAAUUUGCUGAAAAUUCCAGAUUGAUGUGACUUUUAUUUAAGUGCAUCUUUAUUUUUUUUUUUUGUGUGUAUGAUUUAGUGUUUACCCUUCUGUGGUAUUUUCCAUGCAAUAAAUUCAAAUGUAAAUGUCUAAGAUGAAUAAAUAUGUCACAUUAUAUUAUUUAAUAUAAUUUACAUAUAACUUGUUUUAAGGAGUUCAUAUGCUCCUCUUAUAUUUGUUUUAUUUUGUGAUUGUUUCUGACUGUUUUAUAUUAAGUUAGUAUUCUCCAUGUCUGAAUGUCUGUGGCCUUGUGCUUCUGAGGAUGCAUCAAGUUCAGGUGUUGAUAAUGCUCUGAGCUAAGGCCUAUCAGGCCUCUUCCACCUCUCUUCUUAUCUGCCCCUUUCUCAUUUACCCAUUUCCCUAUCUACCCCCCUUCUCAUCCACCCCUCACCUCAUCUACCCCAUUGCCUUUUCUCUGCCUGCUUCUUAAGUUUGAUCACAUUCCUGUGUUGUUGACUGCCUGAGGUGAAACUAGAACUUUUUUUUUUCUGGCUAAGAAAACACUGAUCCAUAAUUUAUCCAUGUGUUCACAUGAACAUACAGAAUCUGAGGGUCAACACAGCCUCCUGACUCUUCAUUGUUGAAUUUCUAAUAGGUUUUACCAAUUAUCAACCUUUCUGGUGGAAUUGUCACCCACAGAUAGAUUCUACAGCCUCCCAUAACCUCAGGGCAGCGCUCAACAGAUUUUAAUAAAUAUUGUAGUUUUUUAAACACAUUUUUGCAUACUAAGUUUCUUCUCCUGCUCAUUCUAGAAAAAUAUGUCACACCACCUUAAAAUUAAUCAAAAAACAGACUUUAGCUUUAACAUUUCUUUUCUUUUGAUACAUUUGGCACUGUAUUAAGUAAAUCUCAUGUAUAGCGCCUCUUUAUUAAUAAGAUAAAAUAUUUACUUUAUCCAGUAUUUAACAACUUUAUUGCAAUAUACACUGAGCAACUUUAUUUCAGUAUGGUGACACUGUAUCCAUCCUUAACUUCAAGCACUCAAACAGCCUAGAAUAGAGAAGCCAGAGGGCAAAACAAUUAUUCUCAAAAGAUCAAAACCUGCCGUGCAGGAAAAGACAACAAACAAUACACAGAAGAAAGCUUCAACUCAAACAGGAAUCUUAGUGCGAAAAAGGAUGGCGACUCAGGUUUCAGACAGGGGCAUCAGACAGCAGAUGUGCUUUAUUAGGGCAAAGUGGAUGUGCUUUAUUAGGGCUUCAGUGUACCACUAAUCCGUUUUUGUUUGUCUUUGUGAUAUUACUGCUGUCACAAUGUUAAUCGUUAAUAUGUCUACAACAUAUGUAGAUAGAGGAGCAUUUGAAGAUGAUCUUAUAAAAAUGUUAGACAAAUUAUGCUCCAAGAAAAAGGCUCAGGUUUGUUAAAAAUUAACAACCCAGAACUGUCAGAAUAGACCUAGUGUUUUACAGUCUUAGCCUAGUGUGUAAUGAAGAAAGCUCUUGAGGGGUAAAUUCAGAUAUUCAGACAGUGACAUUCUUUAUUAAAGACUGAACAGAAGGAGCACAGUGACCAUUUAUUACAUGUGUGAACACACUCAAUGCUCUUGCUAGGUGAAAGUAGAUCAUCUUAUGAAAGAGAGAAGGGAAUUCAGGAACUAGUAUCUAAGAAGAAGGGAAAGAAAGUGUACCCAUCCCUCAGUGUUCAGGGAUAGAAUGGAAGAGCAGUCUUCCUGCUCAGACUCUGGUGACAACAAUGACAAUGAUGUAUAUGAUGUGAUGUACUAAAAGCCAGCCCGUGAAACAAAAGUGAAAUCACAGACAAUAUGUCACACUGCCUCCUCGCUCAGCACCCCCAAACUCCAUUUCUCAUCAUUCCCUGGCUCGACAGGUGUAAAAAACAAAACAAAACACCUAUCUCUGCAAACCGGCUUCCCCUUCCUAGAUUGACAUCCCUGGGCAUCUGAAUGUUUGCACCAGUUGUCAGUUUCACCUGAUGUAUUUAUUUGUAUCUCUGACAUGAUUUCCUUGUGAAGUAAUGCCAGUAUUUUUCUUGAACUGUGCAACCCCAGUGCAUGUUCUAAUUGUGUUUUUAACCCUGCCUUCUCAAUUCUGUUUUUGGGUUUUCCCUUUUGUAUGUUUGUGCUCCUAUUUCUCUGGUUUUGACCUGUUUUUGUACUCUGUUCUUUGGAUGUUUCCUUGAAUGUUUGAUUGUUUUUUCUUGGUUUUAACCUCUGUCUGUUUUUUGACAAAAUGUUUGGACUACAGAUAUUCAAGUAAUGAAUUAUCGCUCCACUUCA